CUGUAAAUCAUUAACUGAGUGUAAAAGGUCAUUGUGAACAUUCUUCAUCUCACCUUGCCAUACUGCUGGCAGAACAAGGGAAAGGAAGAGACCGGAAGAAGGAAAGAUCAGAAGCAGUCAGUGGUUAGCAGAAUAAAAAGUUGUGAAUCAGGAACUGAGUAUCAAACAGCACCUUGAGCAGCAAGUUCAUCUCGCAUGGCAUACUGCUGGCAGAACAAGGGAAAGUAAGAGACCAGAAGAAGGAAAGAUCAGAAGCAGCCAGUGGUUGUAAGUAUGGUACAGGCUGAAUUCUAAGUUUUUCAGUGUCAUCAAUGACUUCUUUCACAUACAAGGGAAUCAGUUUACCUGUAGUGGACUACUACUCAGAGGAAACGCUCCGCUAUGUUGAAAAUGAAUUCCAAAUGUUGGAUGAUGAUAUAGUGAGCGUCACUUACCCCAAGUCAGGUACCCAUUGGAUGCAGGAGAUCCUGGGCUUAAUCUGGCGUGAUGGGGACCCCUCCUGGGUUCAGAGUUUACCAGCGUGGGAACGGAUAGCUUGGAUUGACAGUAUUCCGGGCCUACAGCUUGCCUUGAAAUCUCCUGCACCCAGGCUCCUGGCAUCUCACCUGCCUUUCCACAUUUUCCCCAAGUCCUUCCUGCACUCCAAGGCCAAGGUUAUCUAUACCGUGCGUAAUCCCAAAGAUGUGAUGAUCUCAUUCUAUCAUUUCAGCAAGGGCUUAAAAAUAGUGGAGGACCCUGGAACUUUGGAAGAGUACAUGGAGGAGUUCCUGAGUGGGAGUGUGUCUUAUGGUUCCUGGUUUGAGCAUGUGAAAAGCUGGAUGGAGAUGAAGGACAGAUCCAACUUCUUCAUCAUCACCUAUGAAGAACUACAGCAGGACCUACGAGGAAGUGUGAAGAGGAUUUGUCAUUUUAUUGGUAAAGAGCUGAACAGUCAGCAAAUCGACUCUGUGGUGGAAAAUGCCUCCUUCCACAAGAUGAAAGACAACAACAUGUCCAACUUUACUCAAUUUCCAGAUACCUAUUUUGAUCACACAAAAGGAAAGCUCAUGAGGAAAGGUAUUUCUGGGGACUGGAAGAACCACUUGACUGUGGCACAGAAUGAACACUUUGACCGUGUUUAUCGUGAGAACAUGCAGGGUCUGCGCAUGACAUUUCCAUGGGAUUGAAGAAUGUCAAAUUACUCCUCCUGCUAUUUUGUCUCAUGCUUUUAUGUCUCUAGUGGUUCUGGUAUUUUUGAACAGAAAUUGAAUGGUUUUAUUGUGAUCGUUACUUUUGUGCCUCCUCCUCCUUAUU